GGCAGCUGGCGCAGCUCCCGCCAUCCGCAGGACUCUGCAUUGCCCGGGCCCCGGCUGCAGGAGUGGGGCAGUAAUGCGCGGCCUGGCCUGGGAGAAACUCUCACUCCACGGAUCUCCGCCAGAGCGGUGCCACGGAGGGGCCAGCUUUUUAGCAAUGUGGUCGCCCCUUCUAGUGUGCUCGGAGGUGGGGGGGGGCUCCUCAGCCGGCGAGCCGGAUCCCGGUUCUGUGACUGCUACCCUGGUCCGGAGCCCGGAAUAGUAACAGACGGGUGGUAACUUUGCCUUAAUGAAAAGUUUUUUUAAAAAAUCCAGCGGGCACUGGUGGCAAGAGAUGAGCUUGACCUGGAAAAAGAGGCUCAAUACCCCCUCCCAGAAUCUGAAGAAGUUUGGAUGCAGAUACUCCGCCUAUCUCUGUAACUGGUUGGACUGGAAUCCCCAAUCCAGACAUCUAUGAAUUUUUGAUUUGCAUCUGAUUCCAGACUCAUUCUUGGAACAGCAGUGUUUUGGAGCCUGUGGCAGCAGUAGCAACCAUCCCCUGAGCCAGGUCCUUGUUGGCUGCCACAGGAUCACCCUCUACAGAUGUUUUACUCCAAUUUUGGCCCUUGCAGGAAGGAAAAGAGUGGGGAGAAAAUCAAUUUUUUUCAGUAAAGAAGAAGUGACCUCCUCAAUCUCCAACAGUUCACUUCCACAUCUCUUUCUUCUGUGGCAGCUGAAAAGGUCCUGAACAAGAUACUAUUUUUAUUCUAGUUACUUCCUACCAUGAAAUUUCUAAAGCAAGAGGGCAAGUAAGACAAGCUGUUUUCCUCUCCUUCAUGCCCUUUUUCUGUGUGAAGGGUCCCUCAGCCUGGUGAUUACAAAUAAAAUCUUACUUUGGGCUAUUGUCAGUUUUGGAGCCACUCUCAGCAAAAAAAGAACUUUCAUAUGAAAGGCAGCAGACUGUUGUGACCCUGCUAAAUGACCGUAUUCAUCAGGGGGCAGAGACACUCUGGAAAUUAUGAUUUGCAUGGAGAUGAACACUCUUUUUUUCUUUUCUUCAAGAGUAUGACACAGUAGAAAUGUAUCACCAAUGAAAUAAGAGCACAGGCACAUAAAAGAACUCAUAGACCUCCUGCAUGCCAUAUUAUACUCCAGACAACAGUCAUAUCUGUCAGCUUGGAUAUAGUAGAACUGUGUAGUGCAGGAGUCUCUAAAGGAAGUGAAGUGUGGGGAAAAUGACCUGUGAACUGAAUCUGAACUUCCUUAAGGAAUUGGAACGAGAGACAGUUUUACAGGUCCUGUACCGUGACCAGAUGGUGAGAAAAGUGGAUGAGGAAAGGAUAAGGAAAUUGAAAAUUCAGCUGCAGCAACUUCGUUGGAAGGGGGCAAAAAGUGUAAGCCAUGAGUACCAAGAAAGAUCCUGCGCUCGCUGUCAGAAAUCCUUGGGACUGGUGAUGAAUAGAGGUGCAGUGUGCAAUGGAUGCAGUCAUCGAGUGUGCUCUGAGUGCCGUGUCUGCCUGAAUCCCUAUUUGUGGAAAUGCACCAUCUGUUAUGCUCAUGGAGACAUUAAAGUGAAGACUGGGGAAUGGUUCUUUGAGGAACGUGCCAAGAAAUUCCCAGCUGACGGUAGACACGAAACAGCUGGUGCAAAGCUCUUGAAAUCUUAUCAAAAACUGAGUAAAAUUUCUGUGGUUCCUCCUACUCCCCCUCCUUUCACGGAAACCACUAAGGGAAACACUGCAAUGGAAAUCAGCCAAUCUAAAAGUUUUAAUAAGUCUGUGGAAAACUUGUUUCUAUCUCUUGCCACAAAUAUGAAAAAAAUCUCAAAGUCCCAGAAUGAUAUGAGGGCUGACAAAAGUCUCCUAACUACAGAUUAUGGGCAGGACAUGGAACGGAGGAAGGAAAGGAGGAGUCAGUCUGACACUGCCAUCGAUAUUGCAAACAGGAUAAAAAAUAUACCGAGCUUUCAGCAAAUCAUCAAUGGGGCGUUGGACAACAAUGACGUUUUUACCAAAAGGUAUUACAAGCAGGGAGAAGACAUUUCAACCAGUCCCAGAAGUGACACUGUAUUCUGUGGUGGCAAAAAACACGGUAGUUUAUAUAGCAUUAACAGCACUUGCACCGAGGCUGGCAAUUUUGACAUGGCUAAUGUCACAGGAGAAAUAGAGUUUGCCAUCAGAUACGUCUUUAAAGCCUGCACUUUAGAAGUCUGCAUCAAGGCCUGCAAGAACCUGGCUUAUGGAGAAGAGAAGAAGAAAAAGUGUAACCCGUAUGCAAAGACUUAUUUGCUUCCCGAUAAAUCAUCUCGGAGUAAACGGAAGACAGCUGUUAAAAAGAACACAGUGGAUCCAGCAUUCCAUGAAACUUUAAAGUAUAAGAUUGACUACUCCCAGCUGGAAACACGGCAGCUUCAAAUAUCUGUGUGGCACUCAGAAACACUCAAGAGAAGGGUGUUCCUUGGAGAAGUGGUUGUUCCAUUGGCAUCUUGGAAUUUUGAAGACAAUUCAACACAGUCAUUCAAUUGGUAUCAGCUUAAAGCAAAGUCUGAAAAACCUGAAGACAACUUGGUUCAGUACAACGGAGAACUCCUGGUGUGUGCAAAACUGAUCUUACCAUCCCAGUCUAAAAAAUGCCAGUAUGAAGAGCAGACGAAAGGAGGGAGAGAAGACCAAGCAUCUGCUGAUGGCCAGCUUCACCUUGUGGUGCUUGGAGCUAAGAACUUGCCUGUGAUGAGAUGUGGUGGCACUUUGAACUCAUUUGUUAAAGGUUGUCUCACUCUCCCGGACCAACGUAAGAUAAGACAGAAGUCUCCUGUCCUGAAGAAAGAAGGCUGUCCUCAGUGGAAGCACCUGUUUGUCUUUGACGGUGUGACCCCAUCUCAGCUACGGCAAUCUUGUCUGGACUUGGCCGUCUGGAACCAGGCAUCUUUUGGCUCAAAUGACCGGUUCCUGGGGGGAGCCAGGCUUAGCACAAAUUCAUGAUAGAGCUAGGUGUGGAGGACAAGUUUGAAGAAAGAAGGGGGAGUGGUCCCAAUCUUGCAAGCACUUAUACCGUUAACUUUUCACAUGUGAGUUAGUCCCAUUCAGUAGAACAGGUGUAAACUUAAGCAUGUGCAACAUAAGUGUUUGCCCAAUUAGGGCCUUACUGGUAACUUCUGCAUAAUUUAUCUUAGAAGAGACAAGGCUAGAACUCCGUUCUUCUUUAACAUUUCAGACAGCUUUGGUUGAGCUCUCAUUCUGUAAUUAUUAACCUCUGCCUGUGCUGCCCCAGGUAGCUUGUGGGCUCCUAAUUUUGUAUGCACCCAUUGUCAGACUCUCACCUGCUGUCCAGCAUGUGACCACACCCACUAGCCCAACCAGUUGUUGCUUGUCAAAUCACCCUAUUCCGGAACUGACUCACUGGGGCCUGUUAUUGCUGCUUUGGCGCCAGCCCUUGUCCGUCAGGUGACGGAACUCCAGUCAUCCUUUCUAGCUUGUUUACUAAGGAAUGGGCCUGAGAAUUCCUUUGAACCACUCCCUGCUUGGAGUUGCUCUCUGGUGGCUUUGGCUCCUGCCAGGCUUUCCCGCAGCCAUCCCUCCUUUGACAUGACCACAGACCAAGUCAAACCCUAAUGUUUUACAGCUGGUCUAAUUAAUGCUUUAAAACCAAAGCCCACCCAGUUAACAGAACUGAAAUUCACAACACCGCACUAGAGUGGACAGCACUUGCUUUUGGUUACCAGCUGACUAGCAAGGACCCCGGUGUUCUGUGCAAGGAUCUCCUGCUAUCUGCAUCACUUAGGAAAUUCUGCAACCGCUUCAUUUACAGUUUAAAAUGGAGAGGUUUAUUACAUUAAAUCUGAACCUGACUAAUAAGUACCCUCAGUACAUAGCUCCAGGCUUUAUAUGGGUAUUUGUUUUUCUUUCCCCAUUUUUUUUCAAGCUGCUGCAGUUUUGUAAUAGAACUGCUGCGUGAAAGUUGUUGGGGGUGGGGAAUAGCUGGAAAUUUUGGUGGCUUGGGUGAGGGAAUUUGGAGGGUUAGGCACCCAGGAAGGCAAGGGCCAUGCUUUGGUUUUGUAGCAGAACCAUCUGAGCUGGCAGCUUCUCUUAAAUAACUGGCAGAGAAAUAUUAAGUGGCCAGAUUUAAAUCCUCAUCCGUAGGCUUCAGAGUUCAACUUGCUGACACAAUGUGAAAACAUCCCAUUUAGCUCAAGAGAGCGGUGUUUCAGGCUAGCUGCCAGCUCAUACUCAGUUAAUAUUUUUAAGUUUUUCUGAACUAACCAAGCUCCAAACAUCUCUUUAUUGAAUGAAAUCUCAACUUCCGGGGCAAGUGCUGCAGCAAAUUCCCCAGGGGCGACUGGGCAGUUUUCUGAAGAUUAAUAUAGGCCCAAGUAGUAGUGUUAGCAGGGCAUAACCUAGCUUUUAUUAUCUUGCCUGCCAGCCUUAAUGGUAGGCAAGCCUCUGUCCACCCCCAUACCUAAGUGCUUUGUUUUCUCUAUUACAGAAACAUCCAUUUGAGAGUGGGGCAGGGGACCAUCCCUCCAAUAAGGUUUUGUCUUAAAGACACUUUUGCUUAUAGCAUGAGGACUUAGAUGUGUGGUGGCACUGGCCAGGCUCUGCUACUGUGCAGGCUUCUCCACCGGCUGCUAUUUGCCUUAAUCUUAUGCCAUAGACCUGGCUCUUCCGCUCCAAGGUUUCUCCUUUGUGGGGUCUGCAACCAGUGCUGGUGUUCUCAGUAGAAGGCCCUUUGAAUAACCUUGCUAUGCCUCUGCUCCACUGCAGUCGAUUAGUUGAACUUCACUUAGGCUUUUCCUAGGGGGAUGAGUUCAUCUGGCAAAGGCUCAGCCUCAUUAGCUUUGUUCAGUGAGACCCAGGGCAUGUCUCCGGGGCAGCUAGGAAUGGGCUUCCUAGCACAGCUAGACAAACAAAGACUUGCUCUGGUGCUAGGGUGGUGCAUGCAGCAGGCCUGGGCCAGCCAUGCGAGCACAUACCCAAGGGUUGAACUCGGGUGGCUAGCCUGAGCUGCUGCACAUGCCACCACACCCACACUGCUAGUUGUAGUGUGCUGGAUUGAGCAGAACUAGCAGCCAGCUGUCCACUCAUGCUGCCAGGCCUGCCUCCAGCCGUGGUGUAGGCACAGCUGUAAGUUUUUUUGCAGUUUUGUUUGCCCAUCUGCCAGCUAUGCUGUGCAAACUGGAAAACAGUUAAUCCACUCAACUGCUGCUGUAUUUCCAUUGUUACCAAAUACAGCACCAGCAUGCCACUGAGUGUAGUGGAGGCCUGCUCUCAGAGCACCCCACAGAGCAAUUGUACCAAAAGGGUCUCAUGCUUUGAAGUAGAUUUUAAGACAAGAGACCAGAGAUUCUUUUGCUUGGAAAUAGGACAGUGCAAUGUAAUUCUCUAGCCACGGAGUACGUGGCAGAAUCCACCUCUUCUUUUAAAACUAAUCUGUAAACUGCAUGGUUAAAAAUAUGAGCUGCGUGUAAGCCAAUGCCUUAUUGCCUGCUGACAGUCAAACCUCAUCUCUCCUAACUGUUAACAGCUCCAUUCUCUGAGUGGGGGACUUUGAAAAUAAGUGACAGUACGUGUCCAUACUUCAUUAUUUCACUGCUGAUUAUUUUAGCAGAAGCAUCUAGGUAGAGCACUUGUCCUAAUCUGCCUUCCUGGGUACCAGAAGCUCAAUCAGGGGUACACAGAGGUCUUCCAGAGGGUACAUUAAGUCAUCUAGCUAUUUGCCUGCUUUUACAACAGGCUACAUAAACAGCACUAGCAAAGUCAGUACAAACAAAUUUCAGACAAUGACUUGUUUAUACUGCUCUCUAUAGUAUACACUGAAAUGUAAAAACUAUAUUUAUAUUCCAAUUGGUUAAUAAUUAUAUGGUAAAAAUGAGAAAGUAAGCAAUUUUUCAGUAAUAGUGUGCUGUGACAAUAUCUUUGAUUUUGUAAGCAAGUUUUCAAGUGAGGUGAAACUUGGGGUAUACAAGACAGACUCCUGAAAGAGGUACAGUAGUCAGGAAAGGUUGACAGCCACUGCCCUGCCUGCCUGACAAAAAUUCUAGCUUCUUCACCAACGGUUUCUGUGAUACAGUGGAGUGUUACAAUAAAAUAAAAUUGUGUAAUAAACUCAA